AUGAAUAAGCAUUUAGUGAAUUUGACAAAGCAAAUAUCAGCUUACGCCAUGAAGGGGGACAUGGGACGUGCAAGAGUACUGUUCGAUGAAAUGGGUCACAGAGACGCCGUUUCUUGGAAUGUUAUGAUCAAGUCGUAUAUAGAAAAUAACAGAUUAGAUGAUGCAAGACAACUGUUCGACGAAAUGCCUGAGAGAACCUCAUAUUCUUGGAAUUCUAUGAUUAUGGGUUACAUAAAGGGCAGCAAGCUCUACACUGCAUUGAAGCUCUUUACAGUUAUGCCGGGGAAAGAUGUUGUGAGUUGGACUGCUAUCAUCACCGGGAUGUGCCGGGCAUCGAGAGUUGAAGAGGCGUGGAGGUUGUUUAAGCAAAUGCCAGAAGCUAAUUCGAUUUCUUGGUCCUCAAUUGUGUCAGGGUUUCAGCAAAAUGGAUUUCCCCAGGAAAGUUUACAUGUGUUCAAGGAAAUGUUGGUGGCUGGAUUCCACCCAACUUCUCAUUCAAUCACCAGUGUCUUAGCUGCCUGUACUGAUUCGGCCUCGUUUUCCAUGACCGAGCAGGCGUAUUCCCAGCUCUACAAACGCGGGUUCAACACCAACACCCGCGUUGGGAAUUCAGCGAUUUCUAUGUUCAUCAAGACUGGCAGCUUUGAAAACGCGAGGCGUGUGUUUAUGGAGCUAGAUAAACCUGACACCGUCACCUGGAAUUCUAUGAUCAUGGGCUAUGCACAGCAUGGCCAUGGCGUAGCAGCGAUGGUUAUGUUCCAACAGAUGCAAAAAGCUCGGUUUUUGCCCGACAGAAUCAGUUUUCUGGGAGUCCUUCAUGGUUGCAGCCACUGUGGACUUGUACAUGAAGGGAGACAAUAUUUUCAUGCAAUGCAGACUGACUAUGGGAUUUCACCAGGACCCGAGCAUUUCGCAGGCCUGGUGGACCUUCUAUCGCGGGUUGGAGAGCUUGAAGAGGCGAACGGGGUAAUUCUGAACAUGCCCUUUGAUCCAACACCCAUCUUUUGGAGGACACUGCUUAAUGGUUGUAGGAUUCAUGGCAAUCUGGAUCUGGGAAUUUAUGUGGCAGAUCAGAUAUUGAAACUUGAACCAUAUAAUUCCAGUGCAUGCUUGAUGGUUAUUGACAUGUAUGCUUUGGCUGGGAAAUGGAAGGAGGUUGCAGAGAUGAGGAGGCAUAUGGAGAGGGAAAGAGAAAGCAGAAAAGAGUUGGGUUAUAGCCUAAUUGAUGUUAAGGGGAAGAUUCAUUUGUUUACAACAGGUGAUGAUUCUCAUCCUCAGACAAAUUGCAUUUACCUAGUCAUUGAUUUGUUAUCCUAUGAAGUAGUUGAAUGCUUCAAUUGUGAUGAAAACUUCAGCUAA